GAGAGAGAGGGGAAGAAGUCGGGGGGGAGUGGAGAGGAGUGGAGAGGAAGGGGAGAGACAAGAAGAGAAGCGCUCCGCCGGUGAGAAGUGAGUUGAAACAUUCGCUGCAGGAGCGCAGGAAACUCUGACCUCCUCAUGCGCCUCCGCUUCUAAACGGCUCCCGCUCCCCCUGCUCCUCCUCCUCCUGCUCCUCCUCCUCCUGCUCCUCCUCCUGCUGCAGGGUAGAGGACGAGCCACCUUACGUUUUGUGAUUUAUUUGGAUUUUUUUUUUUUUUGUUUUAUGUGGCGAGGGAGCGCAGAAGAAGGAGGUGAUCCUCUCAGACUCCUUCCAGGCUUUCGUGACUGAGCCGCAUUCCAGCCCGGAGCGCAGCGCCCAGGACCAGGACCAGGACCAGGACACCGGCGCGCUCCGUCUCUCACUCCUGGAUCUUUUCCGUUCGUUUCCCGGAGCGUCAGUUAUGCGCAAAGAGGAGCGCGUUGAUCCGAGCUAGAGACACACGGACACACUUUCUCCUCCUUCCUCCUCCUCCUCGACUGGAUUUGGAUUUAAUAUUCUCUUUGGUUCCGACCAUGGCUGCGUGGUGGAUAUGUGUGUGCGCUCUGGCCGGGAUCCUCACCGCCCCCCGCGGGAUCCACGGUGCUUGUCUCUACGAGGGAUCUCUGCAUGCGAACAACACAUCGUGGAGGCCGCAGACGUGUGAGGAGUGCACCUGCUACAGCGACGUGGCCAUCUGCAGACCCACCCACUGCCCCAACCCCGGGUGCAACUUCCAGAGGGGCGAGCGUUUAAGAAUUCCUGCCAACAAGUGCUGUCCAGAGUGUGUCUCCUCGUCUCAGGGCUCCUGCCAGCACGAAGGAAUCACUUAUGGACAUGACAGCCAGUGGAGUCCGUCGCCCUGUACCAUGUGCAUCUGUUCCAGAGGGAGUGUUUCCUGCAGCGCCCUCCCCUGCCCUACUCUCACCUGCCCUGGAGACCAGAGCCCGUUCACCCCCGCUGGGCAGUGCUGCCCAAAGUGCGGUCGCAACGGAGAGUCGUGCUCCUGGCAGGGCGUCACUUACCGGGACGGCGAGGAGUGGACGCCCAGCAUCUGCUCCAGAUGUGCCUGCAGCAGCGGGAAGGUCCAGUGUUCGGUGGCCGAGUGUCAGCCAGUGGCCUGUAAACCACAUGAGAACCUGGUGAUCCAGCCGGGACGCUGCUGUCCUCAGUGUGUGUCCAACCCGUGUUUGUCGUCUGGGAAACAGCACCAGCAUGGCGAGCAGUGGCAGAAGAACGCCUGCACCACAUGUGUGUGUGACCGGGGUCAGUCCAGAUGUCACACAAACACCUGUCGGCCCGUCACCUGUGAAAAGGGUCAGACCAAAGUGAAGCGUGCUGGUCAGUGCUGUGACGAAUGCGCCGCCGCCAAAGGAAGCUGCCUCUACCAGGGCGCCGUGCGUUACCAUGGAGACUUGUGGAACGGCACCGGCUGCGAGUUCUGUACCUGCAACCGGGGUCAGGUCCUCUGUCAGAGGGCCGAGUGUGGACGGGUCGACUGCCCACAGGGAUCGGAGCUUGUUUACCUGCCAGAGAAGUGCUGCCCGGAGUGUUCUUCUAUGAAGCCUUCCUGUGUGUACGAGGGAAAAUCCUACAAGGACCUGGCUCGCUGGGCUGAUGGCAGCUGCCGUGAGUGCGAGUGUCGCGAUGCCCAGGUGACUUGUUAUCUGAGAUCCUGCCCCACUUGCCCUCCAGGCACCCUGGCUGUCGCCCAGGAGGGUCAAUGCUGCCCCGAGUGUCACCAAGCCCAGUGCCAUUCAGACUGCCUGUCCUGUUCGGGGUCGACCGACCACUGUGAGAGCUGCCGGGACCCGAAGGCCUUACUCCAUCUUGGCCGCUGUCUGUCCGUCUGUCCGGCGGGUUUCUACGCCGAGGGACGAGUGUGUGAAGCCUGCCAGUCAUCCUGUUCCGCCUGUUCCAGCCGGUGGGACUGCCAGGCCUGUGGCCCCCAGCGGCCCCUGCUCAGCGCCGAUAGCAGCCAGUGUCUGGCUUCCUGCCCUCCGGGUUCCUACCAGCACGACCACACACACUGUCGCCGCUGUCACGAGUCGUGCUCCGGAUGCCGAGGGUCCAGUCAGCAGGAGUGCUCGUCAUGCUCGGACCCGGCUGCCUUGCUCAAAGAUGGGGAGUGUGUCCCAGACUGCGGCGUUGGUUUCUACAGUCAAGAAGGCGUCUGUUACGCCUGCGAUUCGUCGUGUGCCUCCUGUUUCCCUGAUGACCCCAAGUGUAUGAGCUGCCCGGCGGGGGCCGCCUUGCAUCAUGGGAAAUGUAUUACCCAGUGUCCGGAUCAGCAUUACCUGGACAACCACAGCAGAUGCAGAGCCUGCCACAGCUCCUGCGCCUCCUGCUGGGGUCCCUCGGUGUCUCAGUGCACCUCGUGUCCAGACGGGCGUCUUCUCCACCAGGGCCAGUGUGUGGAGACGUGUGGGGAGGGUCUGUACUCCCAGGACGCCGCCUGCCACAACUGUCACCCGUCCUGCCGGUCUUGCGUGGGACCCCUGGCCUCAGACUGCCUGCGCUGCCUCAAGCCAGAGGAGGCGCUCCAGCCUCAGGCCGAUCAGCUUCGACACGGAGUCUGCACGGCUGCAUGUGAUGCACGCAGCUUCCUGGACGACAUGCAGACCUGCAACGAGUGUCACCCCUCCUGCUGGCGCUGCACCGGGCCAUCUGCAGACAACUGUACGUCCUGUCCCUCCCCGUCCAGCCUCCACGAGGGACGCUGCGCCGCCACCUGCCCGCAGGGCUUCUUCAUCCAGGACAACCAGUGCCAAGCGUGCCAUCCAUCCUGCCAAACCUGCUCCGGUCCCUCCCAGGCCGACUGCACCUCCUGCUCCCCGCUGGCCUCCCUGCAGACUGGCUACUGCCGGACAAGCUGCCAGGAUGGGCAUUUCCUGAACGCUGCCUCUGGAGGCUGCCUCAAGUGUAGUCCAGACUGCCAGCGUUGUGCAGCGGACCUCCAGACGGGCGUCGGCAGCGUUUGCCUGUGGUGCAAAGCGCCGAGGUCCUGGCUGCUGGGCGAUCACUGUGUCUCCGACUGUCCCCAGGGCCAUUACGCCUGGCAUGGAGCCUGCAUCAAAUGCCAUCCGUCAUGUGAAGGCUGCAGCGGGGCCGGACCUCUCUCUUGUACUUCCUGCCCUUCCAACAGUGUUCUGCUGCCCUCGGGUCUGUGCGGCCCCAGAUGUCCACGUGGUUACUAUGACAACGGCCACAGGAUCUGUCAGGCCUGCGACGGCCAGUGUCUGACGUGUGAGGCCGCCGGUGUUUGUACAUCCUGCCGUGACCCGACCAAGGUGCUGCUGUUUGGGGAGUGUCAGUACGAGGUCUGCGCCCACCAGUACUACCUGAACAGCACCACCCGCGCCUGCAGAGAGUGUGACUGGAGCUGCAACGCCUGUAACGGCCCCCAGCGAACCGACUGCCUGCAGUGCAUGGAGGGCUACGUGCUGCAGGACGGCGUCUGCACUCAGGGCUGCUCCCUCGGCUCCUAUCGGGACGGAGACAGAUGCCUCGCCUGUGACGAUCACUGCCUCGAGUGCCGAGGUGCCGGCCGGUGUCGUGAGUGCCAGCCUCCCUACGCCACCCUGCAGGGACAGUGUGUGCUGGAAUGUGGCAGGAGCUACUUCCUGGACGCCUCCUCGAAAGUCUGCAAACCUUGCUCGUCGGACUGUGUGCUGUGUGACGGGGUCGGUCGGUGCAGAGCUUGUCGGGAUCAAACCUACCUCAUGGAAGGAUACUGCACCCCAGACUGUGGACACGGAUACUACGCCGAUCAGAAGACCAGGACCUGCCACGCCAACACCCACCCCCCCACCCUCAAGAUCAACGGUUCCCUGCUGGUUCCCCUCGAUGGUUUUGCCCCGCUGCCCCCCACCCUGCUGCAGGUCAAGGACCCGGACAGUCCGUCCGAGAGGCUCAUCUUCCAGCUCGUUCAGGGCCCCAGCAACGGGCGGCUGGUCCUGUUUGGAAGGGAGGAAGGAAGAGAAGAGAGGGGAGGACGACAACUAACCGGGGACGACACCUUCACGUGGGCAGACCUGAGCCUCGGCCGGGUCCGGUUCAGACACCAGAAGGACAAAGCCAGGAGUGGUGAGUUCUCCCUACGUGCCGCUGACCCUCAGCUCUUCUCUCAACCAGGAUCGGUUCAGGUUCAAGUCGUGUCGAUGCAGCCUCCGAGGGUCGUGACCCUGGCCCCUCUACCCGUCGAGGGCCGCGGCAGCCGUGCAACCGUCACCAAGUCGGUCCUGCAGGUUGACGACCCCGACAACCCGGCCGACGUUCUGAUCAUGGUCCUCGAGCCGCCCCGCCACGGCCGGCUGACCCGCCUCCACGGCAACCGGGCGAUGGGCCGGUUCAAGCUGGAGGAGCUGACGCGGGAACAGAUCCAGUACGUCCACGACGGCUCGGAGGAGACAGAGGACGGGGCGGUGCUGCAGGUCAACGACGGACACAGCUACAGGAACGUCCUGCUCCAAGUCCAGAUCAGCCAGAAGUCUGCAGACUCUCCUCAUGUACUGUCGGUCCCAGUGACCUGGGUGAAGGAGGGGGGCAUGGUGCGGCUCGAUAAAAAGUACCUGCAGGCGGACUUUAAAGGCGUCAGCACUGAUGACAUCGUCUACACUAUCCUUCCCUCGGGUGGACAACCCAAAUACGGUGAGGUGGUGCUGGUGUCCAUGCCGGCCGACAGCCCCCCAGAGGGCUGGCGUCCCUCGCUGACGGACGACCGCGGCCUCACGCCCACAACCUCGUUCACACAACAGGACGUAAACGACGGCACAGUCUGGUACCGCCACUACGGCACGGGCAGCAACAGCGACGUCUUCCAGUUCCAGGUUUCCACAGAGGUGGCCCCGCUCAUACAAAGCGACGCCCAGACCUUCACCAUAGGAGUCCUGCCUCAGAUCCCUGGGUUCCCCCAACUGGCUCCAGACUGCGACCUGCAGAUCACGGCCCUUGAGGAUCGACUGACAGAGAUAACUCCAUCAGCUCUGUCCUUCAUCGACUCUGAAACUCCCAGCGAGAAACUCAUCUACAACGUCACCAAACCCCUCCCACCAGCACAAGGGGCCAUCGAGCAUCGGGACAGGCCGUACACUCCCGUGAAACAUUUCACUCAGGCCGACGUGAACAAAGGGAAGAUCGUUUACAGACCUCCGCCGGCUCCGUCUCACCUCCAGGAGCUCUACCAGUACUCCUUCACCGGUCUGCCGGAGUCACUGAGCGUUUAUUUCACAGUGUCUGACGGUGAACACACCACUCCUGAGCUGGACUUUGCCGUCCUGCUGCUGUCCAACCACCAGCAGCCGCCGCUCUUCCAGGUUCUGGAUCCUCUGCUGGAGGUCAGCGUGGGAGGUCAGGCUACCGUAGGCGGGCAGCAGCUGGCGGUGAGCGACGCCGACACGGCUCCAGAUGAGCUGGAGUUUGAGCUGGUGGAGGCUCCUGUCCACGGAGAACUGAUUAAGACUGACAGCAACACCCGCAUGACUAACGGCGAAACCUUCACCUUCAGCGACGUCACUCGUAACGUCCUGCUGUACCGCCACGCCGGCCUCUCCACCCACGACGACGCCAUCACCUUCUCGGUCAGCGACGGCAUCUCCAUGGCGACCACGGUGGUGCAGGUGGCGGUGCUGGGCGCCGGGGGCGGGGGGCCUCAGCGGGACCCCGCCGCCACGCUGUCGCUGGAAGUGGGCGAGAAAAGCAGCACCGUGAUCAGGCGCUCGCACCUGGCUUACACCGAUGACACGUCCUCAGACGACCAGAUCCGGAUCCAGCUGGUGUCGGUGCCGAUGUACGGCAUCCUGACCAGGACCCAGUCCCAGCAGGAGCACCAGGAGCUGAGGGAGUACUCCUCCUUCAGCAUGGAGGACAUCAACAAGCAAAGGAUCAGGUACAUCACUUCGCUGGAGACGGGAAGUCAGCCGGUCACCGACAUCUUCCACUUUGUCGUUCUGGACGGAGACAACAAUCGCCUCGACAACCAGAUGUGCACCAUCACCAUCACCUCCACGCCGAGGCAGCCCCCGGUGGUCACUGUCCGCAGCGGCAUCAAGGUGCAGGAAGGCGGUCGUGUGCAGCUCUCCACCAAUCACAUCAUCGUGUCAGACGUGGACACGCCCAGGAAGGACCUGCUGGUUUGGCUCGUCACUCCCCCUAAAUAUGGUUUCAUCGAAAACACAAAAAGAGCAGGCGGCUCAGUCGGAGGCUCCAGCGUCAUCACCACCGACGUUCCUUUCUCCGUGGACGACCUCACGUCUGACCACAUCUUCUACGUCCAGGACGGCCGGCGCAGACCCCAGAACGAGCAGGACGUCUUCAGCCUGUACAUCAGCGACGGACACAGCCAGACGGAGGCCUUCAACGUGGAAAUACAAAUCCAGCAGAGUAAAGAGGACAGGGAGCCGGUGGUGUCGGUCAGCAGCAUCCACGUGGAGGAAAACUCCGGCGUCGUCAUCACCAACUUGUCUCUGAGCGUCCAGGACCAGGACACGCCGGAGAACGAGAUCCUCUUCACCAUCAUCAGGAUCCCCAGCUAUGGGAAACUGCGCAGACGUCAGUUCUACUCUCAGCCGCUGGAGAACGGCCGCGUCCUCACGCAGGGCUCCACCUUCACCUACCAGGACGUCCUGGAUCAGCUGCUCGUCUACACCCCGGAAACCGUCAGCGGGGGAGCCGACGAGAUGGGCUUCACCCUCACUGACGGCAUCUACUCCCACACGGGCCGUCUGGAGUUCACCAUGGACGUCACGAAGAGCGAGGGCCCCCGGAUGACCGUCAACAGAGGCCUGCAGCUUCCAGCAGGUUCAUCAUCUAAGAUCUCAGAGCAGAAUCUAAAAGGCACGGACAUUGACUCGGACAGCCUGAAGCUCCGCUAUGUCCUGACUAAAGACCCGCCAUUCGGAAAACUCCAGCUGAGCAGGAGCAGUCGCCCCGAGACGGUUUCUGUCAAGGGUCCCGUUCAAAGUUUCACUCAGGAGGACGUCAACAAAGGCCUGCUGCAGUACAGCCAUGAGAAAGGGGAGAAGGGAGGCAGCCUGUCCUUCAAGUUCAACCUGGUCGAUCCGGAGGGAAACAAACUCAUCGACCAGUCCUUCUUCAUCAGUGUGCUUGAGGACCGGCUCCCUCCGUCCGUGGUGGUGAACAAGGGCCUGGUGCUGGAUGAAAACUCCAUGAAGAAGCUGACCACGCUGCAGCUGUCGGCCAGCGACCAGGACAGCGAGCCGGCCGAGCUCAUCUACAGGAUCACCAAGCAGGCGAGCCUGGGCCACCUGGAGCACGCCUCCAGUCCAGGAACCCGGAUCAGCACGUUCACUCAGGCUGACCUGGCGUCGCGCAGCAUCCAGUACGUCCACACCAGCGAAGAAGAGAAGCAUGCCGACCAGUUCUCCUUCACGGUGUCUGACGGGACAAACGAGGUUGCCCAGACUUUCUACAUCACCAUCAAGCCGGUGGACGACUCCCUGCCUCUCCUUCAGGUCCCUGGUAUGAGGGUCCAGGAGGGAGUGAGAAAGACCAUCACCGAGUUUGAGCUAAAAGCCACCGACGCAGACACCGAGGCCGAGUCCAUCAUCUUCACCGUAGUCCAGGCUCCUCGUCACGGCACCAUCGAGCGCACAGGCAACGGCCAACAUUACCGACAGACCAGCAGCUUCAGCAUGGACGACAUCUACCAGAACCGCAUCAGCUACAACCACGACGGCUCCAACUCGCUCAAGGACCGCUUCACCUUCAGCGUGGCCGACGGCACCAACCUCCUCUUCAUGGUGGAGGAGGCCGGCAAAGAGAUUGUGACAGCCGCUCCUCAGAAGUUCAAGAUCGACAUAUUGCCGGUGGACGACGGGACGCCGCGCAUCGUCACCAACCUGGGGCUGCAGUGGCUGGAGUACAUGGACAACAAGGCCACCAACCUGAUCACCAAGAAGGAGCUGCUGACCGUGGACCCGGACACAGACGACGGUCAGCUGGUUUACGAGGUCACCGCCGAGCCGAAGCACGGCUUCCUGGAGAGCAAACUCAAACCUGGCAACCCGGUCACCACCUUCACACAAGCCGACAUCAAUCUGGGUCUGAUCCGCUACGUUCUGCAUCAGGAGAACGUCCAGGAAACCAUGGACAACUUCAAGUUCCUGGUCAAAGACAGCAAACCCAACGUGGUCAGCGACAACGUCUUCCACAUCCAGUGGUCCCUCAUCAGCUUCGAGCACAAAAGCUACAACGUGAGCGAGAAGGCCGGCACGGUGGCAGUGACGGUGAAGAGAACCGGGAACCUCAACCAGUACGCCAUCGUGCUCUGCCGCACCGAACAGGGCAGCGCCACCUCCACCAGCAGCAGCAUCGGGUCCAGGUCAGGCCAGCAGGACUACGUGGAGUAUGCCGGACAGGUGCAGUUUGACGAGCGUGAGGACACCAAGCUCUGCACCAUCAUCAUCAACGACGACCAGGUGUUCGAGGGCUCCGAGGGCUUCCAGGUGGAGCUGAGCAUGCCCGUGUACGCGCUGCUGGGCGGGAACACGCGAGCCGUCGUCAACAUCAACGACACGGAGGACGAGCCCACCCUGCAGUUCGACAAGAAAACGUACCACGUCAACGAGAGCUCUGGCUCCAUCCACGUCCCCAUCGAGAGGAAAGGUGACACCUCUAGCACCGUAUCCGCCCUCUGCUACACCGUGGCCAAGUCAGCCCAGGGCAGCAGCCUCCAGGCCCUGGAGUCCGGCUCCGACUACAAGAGCCGCGGCAUGACCGGCGACAACCGUGUCGUCUUCGGCCCCGGCGUCAGCAUGUCCACCUGUGACGUCAGGCUCAUCGACGACAGCGAGUACGAGCUCUCCGAGGAGUUUGAGCUGGUGCUGGCGGACGCCUCCGACAACGCCCGCAUGGGGGACGUCUCGGUGGCCAAGGUGGUCAUUGACGGACCCAAUGACGCCUCCACGGUUUCACUGAGCAACGCCACCUUCACCUUCAGUGAAGACGCUGGAACAAUUGAAAUCCCGGUGCUGCGCCAUGGCAGCGACCUGUCCUCCGUGACCUCGGUGUGGUGCGCCACCCGACCCUCUGACCCCCCCUCGGCCAGCCCGGGGGUCGACUACAUCCCCAGCUCCAAGAAGGUGGAGUUCAAACCUGGGAAAACUGAGGAGACGUGUAGUUUGACCAUCAUGGACGACAUCCAGAACCCGUCCAUCGAAGGGCCUGAGUCCUUCGUGGUGUUCCUCAGCUCUCCUCAGGGCGCUGUCCUCCAGGAGCCCUACGAAGCCAACGUGGUCAUCACCGACACCUUCCAGGACAUUCCCAGCAUGCAGUUUGAGAAGACCUCCUACACCGUGAAGGAGAAAGACGGCAUCCUCCACAUCCCCAUCAUCCGGACCGGUGACCUGUCCUUCAAGUCGUCCGUGCGCUGUUUCACCCGCACCAUGUCUGCCAUGGUGAUGGACGACUUCAAGGAAAGAAGGAACGCCGACGACUCACGCAUCACUUUCCUCAAAGGAGAGAAGGUGAAGAACUGCACAAUUCACGUUAACGACGACUCUGUGUUCGAGCCCGAGGAGGAGUUCCAGGUGCAUCUUGGGACACCGCUUGGCGAUCACUGGAGUGGCGCUAUGGUGGGCGUGAGCGACAUCGUCACCAUCACCAUCACCAACGAUGAAGACGCUCCCACCAUCGAGUUCGAGCAGGCAUCCUACCAGGUCCGAGAGCCCCCCGGUCCAGAUGGGGUGGAGGUCCUCAGCAUCAAGGUGAUCCGGACCGGCGAUCUGGAUCGAACGUCCAAGAUCCGCUGCAGCACCCGGGACGGCUCAGCCCAGUCUGGAGUCGACUACAACCCCAAUAGUCGGGUGCUCAAGUUCACCCCUGGAAUGGACCACAUCCUGUUCAAAGUGGAGAUUUUGUCCAACGAGGACAGAGAGUGGCACGAGUCCUUCUCUCUGGUCCUCGGCCCCGACGACCCGGUGGAAGCGGUGCUCGGGGAGAUCACCACGGCAACAGUCACCAUCCUGGACCAGGAGGCGGCCGGCAGCCUCAUCCUCCCCGCUCCUCCAAUCGUGGUCUCUCUCGCCGACUACGACCAUGUCCAGGAGGUCACCAAGGAGGGCAGCAAGAAGACUCCCUCUCCAGGUUACCCCCUGGUGUGCGUCACCCCCUGUGACCCUCACUACCCCAAGUACUCCGUGAUGAAGGAGCGCUGCGAGGAGGCCGGCAUCAACCAGACCCAGGUUCACUUCUCCUGGGAGGUGGCGGCACCCACUGACACCAGUGGGGCCCGGUCCCCCUUUGAGACGGUCACAGACACCACCCCCUACACCAGCGUCAACCACAUGGUCCUGGACAGCAUUUAUUUCAGCCGCCGCUUCCACGUCCGCUGCGUGGCCCAGGCCAGGGAUAAGGCCGGUCACCUCGGGACACCGCUGAGGAGCAACAUCGCCACCAUCGGCACAGACGGCGCCAUCUGCCACACGCCCGUCACCACGGGAACCGCCAGAGGCUUCCAGGCCCAGUCCUUCAUCGCCACACUUAAAUACCUGGACGUCAAGCACAAGGAGCACCCCAACCGGAUCCACAUCUCGGUGCAGAUCCCCCAUCAGGAUGGUAUGCUCCCCCUGGUGUCGACCAUGCCGCUGCACAACCUGCACUUCCUGCUGUCAGAGUCCAUCUACAGGCAGCAGCACGUCUGCUCCAACCUGGUCACCAUCAAAGACCUCCAGGGGCUCUCGGAGACGGGUUUCCUGGACGACGUGUCCUAUGACAGCAUCUCUCUGGGGCCAGGUUACGACCGCCCCUACCAGUUUAACCCCAACGUCCGUGAGGCCAAGAGCAUCCAGCUCUACAAGCACCUCAACCUGAAGAGCUGCAUCUGGACCUUUGACGCCUACUAUGACAUGACGGAGCUCAUCGAUGUCUGUGGGGGCUCCGUCACCGCUGACUUCCAGGUUCGUGACUCGGCUCAGUCCUUCCUGACUGUGCAGGUUCCUCUCUAUGUGUCCUACAUCUAUGUGACGGCUCCCAGAGGCUGGGCCUCUCUGGAGCACCACACUGAGAUGGAGUUCUCCUUCUUCUACGACACCGUGCUCUGGAGGACAGGUAUCCAGACCGACAGCGUCCUCUCAGCCAGGCUGCAGAUCAUCAGGAUCUACAUCAGAGAAGAUGGGCGCCUGGUGAUUGAGUUCAAAACCCACGCCAAAUUCAGAGGUCAGUUUGUCCUUGAACACCACACUCUGCCAGGCCACAAGUCCCACCUGAUGGCCCCCGACCACCUGGGGGGCAUCGAGUUUGACAUCCAGCUGCUGUGGAGCGCUCAGACCUUUGACUCCCCGUACCAGCUGUGGAGGGCCACCAGCUCCUACAGCAGGAAGGACUAUUCUGGAGAGUACACCGUCUUCUUGAUCCCCUGCACCGUUCAGCCCACUCAGCCGUGGAUCGACCCCGGCGACAAACCCCUGUCCUGCACCGCUCACGCCCCAGAGAAGUUCCUGGUGCCGAUCGCCUUCCAGCAGACCAACCGGCCCGUUCCCGUGGUGUACUCCCUCAACACGGAGUUCCAGCUGUGCAACAACGAGAAGGUGUUCAUGAUGGACCCGGCUGCUGCUGACGUCUCCAUGGCUGAGAUGGACUACAAGGGCGCGUUCUCCAUGGGUCAGACUCUGUACGGCAGAGUCCUGUGGAAUCCUGACCAGAACCUGAACGCAGCCUACAAGCUGCAGCUGGAGAAGGUUUACCUCUGCACGGGCAGGGACGGAUACGUUCCCUUCUUCGACCCCACGGGGACGCUGUACAACGAGGGCCCACAGUACGGCUGCAUCCAACCUAACAAGCACCUCAAACAUCGCUUCCUGCUGCUGGAUCGUAAACAGCCUGACGUAUGUGACAAGUUUUUCCACGAUGUUCCCUUCGAAGCUCAUCUCGCCUCCGACAUCCCGGAGCUGCAGGGCAUGGCGGCCAUGCCGGGGGUGGACGGCUUCACCAUGAAGGUUGAUGCUCUGUACAAGGUGGAGGCGGGGCACCAGUGGUACCUUCAGGUGAUUUACGUGAUCAGCCCGGAGUCGCGCUCCAGCCCCAGGAUUCAGCGCUCGGUCACGUAUGAACUGAGCCGCUCGAAGCGCGACCUGGUGGACCGCAGCGGCCGGCUGACCCUCGACGAGUCGCUCAUCUACGACAACGAGGGCGACCAGGUGAAGAACGGCACCAACAUGAAGUCCCUCCGCCUGGAGGCCGGGCCCUCCGCCUCCUUCAACGCCCACGUGGGCAGCUCGGUGGGCGGGGGCGUGGCCGCCGUCACCCUCCUGGUCCUGGUCCUCCUGGCCUCCUGCUUCCUGUUCCGCCGCUGCCGCCGUUCGGCCGCCAAGAAGAAGAAGAGCAAGACGGCUCCGAAGACCUACGAGGAGUAUCCGCUCAACACCAAGGUGGAGGUGUGCAUGGACAAGUGUUUGGAGAAGAACUUCAGCACCAAGCACUGCACCGUGAGAAACAUCAACGUCCUGAACCGCAACCAGGAGCCCAACGGCAAGACCCGGGUCAAACAGGUCAACCUGGAGGUCAAGCUCCACAACAACCUCAACGACGGCACCGAGGUCUGAAACACCCUCCAACCACAGAAGAAGAGGAGGAAGUAAAUAAAAAUAAAUAAAUAGAAAGGUAUUUUCUAAAAGAAAGUUUCUACUUAGUGGAACGAGAUGUUUGUUAAUGUAUUUUUAUACCACUUUGAAAAAGGGAAGAGUGUGACGUGCAGGCCACUGGGCUACCUCAGGAAUCCAAAACAGCCAAAACAUCCUCCAUCCAGUCUCCACCUGCGUCAUACGUCCGUC